AUGGCUACGUCCAUAAUUAAGCUGCAUACGUUUUCGGGAGCUGGGGAUGGUGGACCACCUUGCUUCUUACUUCAGGUUGACGACUUUUAUUGCCUUUUGGAUUGUGGGUGGUCGGAGGACCUGCCAAGCUCUCGUAUCGCUGAACUAGCUAAAUGGGUUAAGAAAAUAGACGCCGUCUUGAUCAGCCAUCAAAGUCUGCGGCACCUCGGCCUUUUGCCACACCUGGUCGGAAAGUACGGCCUGAAAUGCCCUAUUUAUUCAACAACUCCUGUGUACAAACUAGGACAGCUGUUUUGUUAUGAUGCAUACCAGUCCAGAUUUCUUUGUGAAGACUUUUCCGCAUUCACUUUGGAUGACGUGGACGAUGCUUUCCAGCUCUUCGUCCAAGUUAAAUAUCACCAGACAAUCAAUUUACAAGGGAAAGGUCGUGGGCUUAGUGUCACACCGUUGCCUUCUGGACAUAUGCUUGGUGGAACGAUUUGGAAGUUGGUUAAGGACGAGACUGAUAUCAUUUAUGCAAUAGAUUUUAACAACGAGAAAAGUCGCCACUUGAACGGCGCCGCCUUUGAUGCCUGUAUACGCCCUAAGCUGCUUCUCAUUGACGUUUCUAAUGCUCUGUACACUCAUGUGGGUCGGAAAGACCGAAAUGAGGCCUUGCGCCAGUUGUUGUUAAGGACUCUCCGCCGUGGUGGCAACGUUUUAAUCUCAGUUGAUACGGCUGGUUACUGUUUAGAAAUCGCAAAUUUGUUGGAAAGCCUAUGGCACAGUCCGGAUUCCGGUUUCAUGGCCUACGGGUUAGCCAUGCUGUCGCACGUUGCAUUUAAUGUGUUUGAUUUCACCAAGUCACUGGUCGAAUGGAUGUCCGAGAAGAUACUUCGGACAUUUGAAGAUCAACGCUGCAAUCCGUUUCACUUGAGACACCUCCAGUUAUGUCACACUCUUGACCAGCUUGAUUGCGUAUCAAACCCCAAGGUUAUAUUGUCAACCGACGCUGGUCUGCGCACGGGGUUCGCGCGUCUCCUGUUUGCGGAUUGGGCCGACUCCGAACUCAAUACUGUUGUGAUUACAUCAAGAGACGGUGACUUCCGUGAAGUACGAGACUUCUCCGAGUUUACAAGACAGCAACCCAGUCUUGGAAGACGUCUCAUUGGACUGACGAGCGGGGAAGAAUGGGCUCGACAGGGGCUUGCUACAGCUCCUGGAAACACCCUUCUUAUCCCGUUCACUCUUUCCCAGCGAGUUCCCAUUGUCGAGGAUGUGGCACCGUCGAAACUAGAAACCAGCAGACGUCCCUCUAAUGCAGAACCUGAUUCUGUCCAACUUGAAAUAAAUCCCAAGGUUACUAAAGAUCAGGAUUACCAUGACGUUGAAGACGAUGAUGAUGACGACGAUGAAGAAGAAGAUGACGCUGACGAAAGGCGCAUAUCGAUCGAAGCUUCUAACGGAGACGCCGUAAUGACACCCGCAGCCUCGGCGGCGACACCUGGUGCGGUGUCCGCAAAGGCACCCUACGUACCUUACGAAUUCGUCAUGAUGUCAGGCAGUGGCGGUGGUGCUGGGACUGCUGGCACCACUCUUACCCAUGGACGCCACAUGGCCGGCUACGACAUCUUCCCUGGGUUGCACAACCACUCCGGUGGCCACUUCUUCCGCACGGCCAAGCGCACCCAACUCGUUUUCCCAACUACCGAGAAGAGCGUAAGUGCCCUCCACGAAAUCUACCACUACUUCAAACCGCCUACCUUCCCGCGCCACAAUCGGGAGUUGCAGUGGGAUGAAUACGGCGAAAAGAUAGACACAAGUAUCUACCGAAUGUCCGCCGAGAUAAUUGACCCGGAGUACAUCAAAAAGCGUGGCAGAAGCGUCAACAGGAGUGCUUCUCGAGCGGCUAUUCAGGAUCAGACGAAGGUGGAAAACAAGUCGAGAUUCGAUCUGUUCUCGGCGUCCUCGGAGCAGCUGCUUAACCUCCUUGUGAUGCAGAACUCCUCCGGCGCUCCAAUAACCCCUGGCUUCCAGAUGCCCCAAAACGUCACCACUAAGUGCGUUGUGGAGAAACUGGAGAUCCCACUGCGCUGCGAAAUCAGCUUCAUCGAUUACGAGAGCCGAUCAGAUGGAAGAGCUUUGAAGAAGAUCAUCACAGGCCUCCGGCCACAGGAGGUCAUUCUGCUGGGCUCCACGCGAUCCGCCAUCGACGCGAUGGUCGAGCACUGCCGAUCGGACCUCCAGUUGAAGGACGAGGCCAUCCACACUCCCUCGGGACUUGAUGUCGUGAACUGCACCAAAGAGGGCGACAUCUAUCAGGCUCGAAUGAAGGAUAGUCUGGUGACCGGUCUCAAAUUCACCAAGAUUCGUGAAUACGAACUGGCUUGGGUGGAGGCGGACAUUGUCGACGCGGAUGAGUCUUCCACCGACGACCCCAUGGAAGGCGUCGACGGGGAGUCCCACGCCAAAGUCGCCUCCGACGCUCUUCCCGUUCUCGUCCCGGCCAGCGGUCCCGUAGCCGACCACGCCACCGUCUUCGUCAAUGAGCCCAAGCUCUCCGACAUGAAACAGAUCCUCCUCAACCAGGGCCUGUCUGCCGAGUUCGUGAGCGGGGUUCUCGUGGUGGAUAACUGCGUGGCGAUCAAGCGCACAGAGACUGGACGACUAGUUCUCGAGGGGAUGCUCUCGCCCACUUACUACAACGUUCGCGCCGUCCUCUAUCGGCAGUUCGCCAUUCUGUGA